AUGCUAUCCAUCCCCCCCAGCACCCCCAAAAAAUGCACACCCAACCUCCUCCCCAUGCGCAUAAACCACAACGGCCGGAUCGACAACACCGCGCGCUACUGGACGCCGACGACAGACGAGAAAGGAACGCUGCACACGCACUUCCGCGGCCGCCACCUGCACGGCACGCUGCUCGCGCUGCCGGCGACACACACCGGCGCCGUGCUGCGCGUCACCGAUAAGCCCGCUCAGGCCUCGACUGCACACAACGGCGCAAACGGUACGCACGGUGCAUAUGCGCACGACGACGCGGAGGACGGCGACGACGAGAUGGACGACGGGGGCGACGUUGUGGGGCAGGCAGAGGACGUCAAGAUUGCGGAACAGCUGGGCGAGUUCUCGGAGCUGGUGGUGUGGGGGCAUGGGGGGGUUGUGGAUGAGGGGGAUGCGUUUGUGAGGGGGAUGAGGGAGUGGGUUGGGUUCGCGGGGGUGAUGCACUGUGACGAGGAUGGCGGUGUGGAGGGGAAGGCGUCGUGA